AUGUCAGUUGAACCACUACUAAAUGUUUCUCAAAAAAAUAUCACUCUUAUUGUUCAACGUCCACCUAUGCAUUCACCAUUUGAAAAUUUUAUCUGUGAUAAUACAAAUGUUACUCGAUUUCCAGUUUCAACUACAACGUCACCAAAUGAUUCAUUUGAUGUAUAUCGAAAAAAUUCCUUAGAAAAAUAUUGUGAUAUAGUACCUAUUCCACGACGUAAUUAUUCAAAGCCGAAAGUAUAUACUGAAGAAGAAGUUGCAUUUGUUAUUUUUACAUCUUCUAAAUUUUUUCAUACACGAGCAACAGCAACACGUGAUACAUGGCUUUCACGUAUAACAAAUUAUUAUUUUCUUAGUGCAACUCCUUAUCCCUAUCUACCUGUUACUGUUACUGCUGGUGCUGGUGAAGAUAAAUUAUCAAAUAUGAAAAAACUUUUUUAUGGUCUUCAAAUAAUAUAUCAACAACAAAUGAAUCUUUCUUUAAGUCAACGACAAAAAUGGUUUUAUAUAGCUGGUUGUGAUACAUUUAUUCUUCCUCAUCAUUUACUUAAACGUCUUGAUGGUUUGGAUUACAAAAUGCCAAUUCGAGUAGGUGGUCACUGGGGGCACGCUGGUUGUCCAGGACCAAAUGGAACAACAUUCACAGCUGAAUUCCCAUCAGGUGGUGCCGGUUUUUUUUUUAGUAUGAAAUUACUUGAAAUAAUGCAACCACAUUUAAUAAAUUAUGUUGAAAAUGUUUGGCCACGUAAUGAUGCAGCAUCUGAUUGUGCACUUGCUUGUCUUGCUCACCAAUUAGGUGUUGGUUUAACAAAACACGUUGGUUUUUGGGCACAUGCACCAGCAUUUACAUUAAGAGAAAAUGGACGUGAAAGAUUUCAUAAAGAACCUGAACCAAAUGAUUUUCAUUAUGUUCAACCUGAUGAAAUGUAUGCACUUGAUGAAUUUUAUGUUAAUCAACAUAUGGAUAGAUUAAUCAAUGAUGAAAAUUGGGACGAAUUAAUUCCAUUUACUCGACGUUUUGUGUCUAGUCAUUAUGAAUUAUUAAGAAAAAAAAGACGAGAAUGUACCUUGCCAACCAUAGGAGCAGAAGUUAAAUUAACUACUAGCUAA